UAAAGGAAACAGGCUUGCUCACUCUUUCAACUAAACCCAACCACAAGCCCCAUCUAAUCGAGUAGACUAGUAGAGAAAAGUUUUAGCUGCCUCAUCUCAAGGCAUUUCCUCUAUUAAUAAAGGUACCUUUCUGAAUGGGAGGAGGUUUAGUAGAACUCUCUGAAAAUGGAUACUCUCACUUGUUCUUCAGAUCCAAAAGCUGGCAGUCAUUGAAAUAAGGACGAGAAGUUCCUUCCUCUUUUUUUUAUGUCUUAAGAAGAGGAAAUAAAGAAAUAAAGAGGAUUCUCAAGGCAGAACUCUGAAUCACAAUGGCCUCUGCUUUUGCAACAGAACAUACUUAUUGAAGCCAUGAAAGGACCAAGGGAGAAUGAUGCUUUAUUUGGGCUGGAUGUUUCUUUGGCUUGUCUCAAGAGAGAGAAUUAAAGGAUUUAAUAUUUCAGAUUGCUCCACCAAAAAACACAUUUGGACGUAUCAUGCAAGGAGUGAGGAAGAAUUUUUCUUAUUUUGUGAUUUGCCAGAGCUACAGAAAUCCCAUUUCUUCCACAGAAGUCAGAUAUCACCAACACAAGUCCCGGAACGUGUGCCCUGCAGUGGCGGUAAGGACACAGCCCAUGUCCAAUGGUACCUACAACCUCAAAAUGGAGACCCACUACGGGAAAUUACUAGAGAUCAUCCUCACAUCAAGAGUGCCCUUCAUUUUUCCACCAUACGGAUGAAUGAUGCUGGGUCAUAUAUUUGUAGACCCAGGAUUAGAAGCACCCAGGAUGAUGCCUGUUGUAUCAAGAUGAUCUUAGAAGUCAAACCCAAGAGAAAUACAUCCUUCUCGGGCUUUGAACAUAAGCAUAAGCAAUCCCUUCUUCUUGGUAGCAUUGAUCCAAUUUAUUGUCCCAGCCUCCACUGCCAGAGUGAUACACAGUGUCCACAAGUGACCUGGUACCAGAAUGGGAAACUACUCUCUGAAAAAAGAGGCAAUCCAUUGCGAGUGGGUGAAAUUUAUAACCAUCACAGGGGCACAUACGUAUGUGAUUACACUCAGUCGGCUAAUGCGAGUUUGUGGAUCGUCAGAGCUGUUGUUCAAGUAGAAACCAUUGUGAAAAACACUAAUUUCAAACCAGACAUUCUGGAACCUGAGAAGGACACACUGGAAGUAGAACUUGGAAAGCCUUUAGCUCUUAACUGCAAAGUACGAUUUGGCUUCGAAAAGGACUUUAAACCUGUGGUGAGAUGGUACAUAAAAGACCCAGACCAGGAACAGGAAGUCCCCUUACCUGAGGGGAGCAGUAAUACCUCCAUGUUGAAGGAUGAAGUCAUCCAGCAUGUUCUCUCUUUGGAAGAAGUUACUCAGAAUGACCUUCAAAGGAAAUUCAUUUGCUUUGCCAAGAACUCAGUCGGAAGCACUACCCGCUCCAUCCAGCUGAAAAACAAGAAAGGAGCGGUUUUCAUAUACAUACUACUUGGCACCAUCCUGACCCUGGUGGGUGUGCUGCUGGCGAGCGCGCUCCUCUACACCUACUGGAUUGAAGUGGUGCUGCUGUACCGAACUUACCAGAGCAAGGACGAGACGCUCGGGGAUAAAAAGGAAUUUGAUGCUUUUGUGUCCUAUGCGAAGUCGAGCUCCUUGGAGAGUGAGGUCACUUCAUCUCCGAGUGAGGAAAACUUGGCUUUGAAUCUGCUUCCUGAAGUUUUGGAAAACAAAUAUGGAUACACCUUGUGUUUGCUCGAAAGAGAUGUGGCCCCAGGAGGAGUGUACGCAGAAGAGAUUGUAAGUAUUAUUAAAAAAAGUAGAAGAGGAAUAUUUAUCUUGAGCCCCAGCUAUGUCAACGGACCCAGUGUCUUUGAACUACAAGCAGCAGUGAACCUUGCCUUGGACGAUCGAACACUGAAACUAAUUUUAAUUAAGUUCCGGUCCUUCGAAGAGCCGGAGUCUCUACCUCAUCUUGUGAAAAAAGCUCUCGGAGUCUUGCCCACCAUCCCCUGGAAAGGUUUAAAGUCAGUUCCUCCCAAUUCCAGGUUCUGGGCACGAGUCCGCUACCACAUGCCUGUGAAAAACCCUAAAGGACUUACGUGGAAUCAUCUAAGAAUUAUUCCAAGGAUAUUUUCACUGGAAAGGACUAAGUAAGUCAGAAACCACUAGGAGGAGCUCCCAGCCCAGACAAUGGUGACCAUGGGCCCUUAAAGAUCUCCCCUCCAGGUCCUGGGCGAGCAGAGAUGAUGGGGGACAGAACCCACGGCAUUAAUUAGGCUGAUAUAACAUUGAACACAUCUUCUGCCAGCCCCAAACAAGCUUUUCAGGCACUGGGCGGAGGUUGAGGCUGCAGUCUAGAGCCUUUGGUUGUCUGGAGUGGACAAAGAGGGCAAAUUCUUCGGAACCUGGCGCCCACUCGACACCCAUCUCCUGACACGUUCUCAGUGGUCUGGGCAGAAUCAGCAGGUAUAGCCACUUUUGCUUUGUGGCUAUGAACUGCCAUGUCUGCUAUGUAUUGUACAUAUGACUUUCUGUACAUUUUUUAAUCAAAUAAAUAUUAUUUUAUGUCCCUGAGUGUCAUAAAUAGCUUGCUCUUGGUUGUUAACCAAAAGGCUGGGGUUAAGCCAUCCAGCGGUGCCAUGGAAAAAAGGCCUGGAUAUCUGCUCUUGUAAAGAUUACAGCCAAGAAAACCCUAUAGAGCUCAGUUCUACAUUGCCAUGAGUUGGAACUAACUAGGCUACAGUGGGUUUGGUUGGGGGUUUAGUGAUAAAACUCUGCCUAAAGCUUCUCUCUAAGGAAGACAGUUCUUAUUCUUUGUUUACCCAAUGACUCUGGACCACAGAAAGCAAGUAGGAAAAGCAGAGACCAAGGGGACAUGGAGCAGACAAGGCUCUAUUGUAUCUCUCUGAGAGAAUGAAAUAAGGAAAGGAGCUCCUUUUGGGGUUAUUAUUUGGGGUUAUUACACAAGGCUUGGUGAGCAGAGUAGGUUCAUUUCAGCUCCUCUUUGUCCCCUUGGCCAGAGGCCUUUGCACAGGCAUGAAGUAUACAACCUUACUUAGGGGCACUGAAAGUAGGGCCAAGUGGGCCAAAAAUAGUAGGCCAAUGAAGAGACAGAGAAUGAACCAGGAAUUAUGUGCAAAGUAGAAAGGCAGUGGCAAGAGUCAGUAGUCUAGGUAAGAGUCUGGAAAAUAGGAAGUAUAUACACGGUUAAAAAAAACAGCAAGAGUGGAGCUUAAGCAGAGCUUUAGUCUGAGUCGUUUCCCUGUUGAGGCAGGCACCACUUGUGGGUGUUUCCUGACCUCGCAGACUCAGUUUAAGUUCUCCUAAGUAACGGGGUGAUAUGCUGGAGUCUCACGCAGCUGUUCCUGAGACAAGGCUAAUUUCAACCUCAUACGUUUGCUUUUCUUUACGAAAAGUUCAACCGGCUGUUAAGAUGGUGUUCUAGUCAUACAUGGAUGGAAGACCUUCACUUUGUCUUCUCUGAUGGAAAUGAUCCAGCAUUUGAGCCACAAAGAAAAGCAACUUCUGGACUCACUCACUAAUAAUGGGUCACCUCCAGGGAUCUGAAUGCAAUCCAUGUUCAAAGCGGCUAAAAAGCAGUGUCAUCUGGUCACUGCUUUUGGUGCCUGUGUGAAAAUGCUCUUCAGCUCUUUCUUCACAGAGGCACCCACAUCAUAGAAACCACUGUGGUUUUGGCACCAACCAACAUCCUUGUUGGAAAUUUCAGUGAUAAAGUUAAAGAUGAAUUAUAAGGUACAAAUUAUUCCUGGAGGAGGUUUCUUGUGGGAAAGAUCAUUGCAGGGUCUCAGCAGGGAAGAAUCCACACCGUCAUUGUGCCAUUGUGCUAUGGUGAUGGCCAGGAUCCCUGAGUUCUUGCCAGCUAUUCUCUGAGAUCUGAGACUCAGAAACCUCUUUGGCCAGUAUAUCUAGGUCUUAGGAUUUCUAAGGUAGGUACUGUUAUAAGUGAGCUAUCCAGAGGUCCAGAGUUUUGUCCUUAGCUUUGCAGGAACUCAAACUGAAAUUCAGAUUUGUACACACACAAAAAGAGAACUAUCUAGCUCUAAUAUUUACACUCUCUCUAAGUUGACAGGAAUACUCAAGAUAUUAAAUUAACGUUCAGAACAAAGGGUUAUUUACACUUCUUACAUGUAAAUCAAUAAAGUGAAUGACUGUUAUGGAUUGAAUUGUGUCCCCCCAAAACAUGUGUUGAAAUCCUAAUGCCUGUGCCUAUAAAUAUAACCCUGUUUGAUAAUAGGGCCUUUCUUUUGUUUUGAUAAUUGGUCAUACUGGAGUAGGGUGGGUCCUAAACCUAAUCACUCAGAAAUAUCUUAUAAAAACAGAAGAAUAGAUAGGCACACAGGAGGAAGACAGACACCAGGUGAGGCCCCAUCUACAAGCUGAGAAAGGAUUGCCAGUAGACACCAGAAACUAGGAGAGAGGCCCACAGAAAGAACUGACACGUCCGAGGUCCUGAUUUGGGCCUUUGGCUUCCAGAACUGUGCAGAAAUAAACUUCUGUUCUUUAAAGCCACCCACUUGUGCUCUUUUUGAUAUGGCAGCACUACGUAACUAAGACAACGUCCAAAACAAAUUUUCUACUGAUAGGAGCCUGAUUGUAACUGAACAAUUGGAAUCAAUGGAACACAAUUAGAAAAGAGUGUUAUUUCCCCUUUACACCUUCUAAAUAAAGGGGCCAUGUGUCCUGGCUCUGGAUUUAUAUCUGACGUACAAGGAUAAUUUUCAUAGUGCUCCCUUUCACUCUGAAAUAAAGUCCCUGAUUUGGAUGAUGGUCACCAUACCCGUAACACACAGUGUAGGGUAACUCUUACUGUCCCUGAAUUACAUCUCAGCAUGAUGGUCCCCAUACCCCUAACACACAGUGCAGUGUUACCCUUACUGUCCCUGAAUUACAUGUCAGGAUGAUGGUCACCAUACCCCUAACACACAGUGCAGGGUAACCCUUACUGUCCCUGAAUUACAUCUCAGGCAGAUCUCACAACUUUCCUAAUACCUUUGGGAUUUUGAUACCAUAUAUUCCUAGUUAUUAAAAAAAUCUAGUCCAUAUUGGUCUCUACUCAUCCAGUGUAAAAGAGAAAGAAGGAAGCCAAAGACUCAAAGAAGAAACUAGUCUACAGGACUAAUACUCUACACCAUGAACGAUGGCCUUAUCUACCCUGAGACCACAAGAACUAGACGGUGCCUGGCAACUGCUAUCGGCCAUUUUGAUCAGGGCCACAAUAGGUAGAUCCUGAUAGAAUGGAAGAAAAAUGUGAAACAGAACCUCAAAUUCCUUAAAAAAAAAAGAAAAAAAACUCAGUGGACUGGUGAGACCACUUCCCAGACUGGCAACUGGAAAGUACACAUGCGGACUAGGCCCAAAUAGAAAGGCAUUGAAACCAGAACUGGCAUUGCAACAUCAAGCCACAGGAGGCUGGUUAUAACUGGAAUCCUGAAUCCAACUGGGUCAAUUACCUACUAAAACAAAAAAAUCAACAUAUUCCAUAAGAUUCAACAAGGCCCAGAAUUGCAUAACAUAAUAAUCACAAUCUUCAGGAUACCAUCUAAAAUUACUUUUCAUACUAAGAAUCAGGAAAAUCUGAAACUGUAUGAAAAAAGGUAAUCGUCACCAAUGCCAUAAUGGCCCAGAUGUUGGAAUUACUUACUCCAUUAAGUAAGAACAAACACUCUUGAAAGUCUCUGCAAAGAAACAGGAGAUAAAAAAGAAAAGGAAGACUUAACUGGAAAUUUCAGAACUUAAAAAUAAAGUAACUGAACUAAAAGUCUCACUGGUGAACUCAAUAGCAGAAUGGAGAUGCCAGAGGAAAAACCAGUGAAGCUGAAAAUAGAUCAAUAGAAAAUACCACUACUACCAGCUGCUACCGAGCUGACUCUGACUCAUCGCAGCCCGUGUAUAUCAGAGUAGAACUGUGUUUGAUAGGGUUUUCAGUGGCUGACUUUUCAGAAGUAGAUUGUCAGUUUUUUCUUUCAUGAUGCCUCUGGGUGGACUCAAACCGCCAAGCUUUUAGUUAGAAGCCAAGCACAUUAACUAUAUUACCCAAGGCCUCCUUAAUAGAAAAUAUCUAGUCUGAACAACAUAGAGAAAAAAAAAUAAUGACUAAAAAGUACAGAGCCUAAACGUUUCAUGGCGUUCCACAAGAAAGGACAAAGAAUAGCGCAACUAAAAAAAAGGUGGGGGAGAGGAAAUAAUAGCUGAGAACUUUCCAAACUUGUCAAAAGACAUAAAUCUAGGAUUAAAAAUGCUCAUCUAAACCCAAGGAAGAUAAACUUGAAGAAAUCCAUGCCAAGACAUAUCAAAAUCAAACUGCUGAAAACAAAAGACAAAAAUCUUGAAAACAACCCAAGAGAACCAUGACUUAUAGGCAAAUAGUGAUUCAAAUGACUGUGGAUAUCUUAUCAGAAACACUGCAACCAGGAAGGAAGUGGAACAGCACUUAUAACCUGCUGAAAGAAAGGAAUUGUCAGCCUAGAGUCUUACAUUCCUUCAGUCAAACAUUCUUUAAGAAUGGGGGUGAAAUAAAGCAUUCUGAGAUAAAAGAAAACUAAGAGCACUCAUCGAUAGCAGAUUUACUCUAAAAGAAUUGCUAAAGAAUUCAGAUUAAAAAAAAAAAAUUAUACCAGAAGUAAACUUGGAACAUCAGGAAGGAAAGAAGAGCAACAGAAAUUAUCAAUAUAUGGAUAAGUAUAGUAGAUUGUUGCCAUUGAGUCGAUUUUGACUCAUAGUGACCCUAUAUGACAGAGUAGAGCUGUCCCAUAGGGUUUCCAAGGACCAGCUGGUGGUUUCAAACUGUGGUUUGCAGCCAAGUGCUUCACUACUGCGCCACGAGGGGUCCUUUCUAUUUGAAUCAUCUCUAUGGCAACGGGUUUGGUUUGGUUUUACAGUAGAUUAUUCUUUUCCUCUUGAGUUUGACAGUUUAUAACAAAAAAUUAUAACUAUCACUGGGAUUUUAAAUGUAGGUGAGGUAAUAUAUAAGAUAACAACAUAAAGGGGAAAGUAUAGGGGAACUUACAUGUUGGUAAGGCAUAAACACAACACUUGAAGUGGUAAGAUACUGAUGCUAAGUAGAAUGUGAAAAUGUACGUAUGUUACAUUGUAAUCCUUUGUGCACCCACUAAAACAAAAUAAUUUAAAACAUAAUAGACAAAAAAUAAAAUACUAAAAAAGGUUUGUAUAAUUCAAAAGAAAGAAGGGAUGGGAAAACAGAGGAACAAAAAACUGAGGAAAUAGAAAUCAAUGGUAUGUUUGACAUAAAUUCAAACAUAUCAACAAUUUCAUUAAAGAGAAAUUAUCUAAACUCAUGAAUUAAAGGACAGAUUUUAAGAAUUUAUUUUUUUAAAUAACCCAACUAUAUGGUCUCUACAAUAAACACAUUUCAAAUAUAAUGAUAUAGGUAGGUUAAAAGGAAAAUGAUAGACAUAAGCGUUUGAAGUGAACUUUAAUCAAAAGGAAGUUGGAGUGCCUAUAUUAAUAUCAAUUAAAGUAGACUUUGGCACAAAGAAAAUUACCAGGUAUAAGGAAGGACACUGCAUGAGAUGAAAGGAUAAAUUUGCGAAGAAGACAUUAACAAUCUUAAAUGUGCAUGCACCCAAAACAGAGCUUCAGAAUAGUAAAGCAAAACCUGACAGAACUGAAAUGAACAAUAGAUAAACCCACAAUUGUAACUGGAGACUUCAAUAUUCCUCUGUCAGGAAUCCAUACAACUAGUAAAUGGAAUUUAAGCAAGGACGUUCAAGAACUGAACACCACCAUCUAACUGGUGUUUCUCUGGACCUAUUGGACACUUAUAGAAUGCUCCACCCAACAACAGCAGAACAGCUAUUAUUUUUCAAGUGAACAUGGGACAUUCACCAAGAUAGAUCAUACCCUGGGUCAUAAAACAAACAUUAACAAGGAUAAAAGAACUGGAAUUAUACCCUCUUCCCAGACAACCACUGCUCUACUUUCUGUCACUACAGAUUAGCAUAUAUUUUCUAGAAUAUUAUGUCAAAGGAAUCAAGGCAGGAUAUAGCCAUUUUUUGGCUGCUUCUUUCACUUAGCAGAAUUAUUUUUAGAUUCAUCUAUGUUUUCACAUCUAUCAAUUCAUUUUUAUUGCCAAGACAGAGCUUAACAUGGUGCUCGCUGUCGAUGAUAAAUCCUGCAGAAUCUAGUCCAGUAUCACAAAGCUGAUACUGAAUGGUGAUUUGGGAACUGAGAGAUAAAUAAAUUGAUAACAGGGCAAAUCCAUAAAUAAAUUGUUGUACAUGCAAACAAUGGAGUACUUUUUCAGCCAUACAAAUGAAUUCAGCACUGAUAGGUGUAACAACUUGGAAGAAUCUCAAGGCAUCAUGCUGAGUGAAAAAAGUCAGUCUUAAAAGAUUCUAUUUUUCCAUUCGUAUGACAGUGUGAAGAAGACAAAGCUAUGACAGAGAAUAGAUCUAUUGUUUCUAGGGGCUAAGGGUGGAGGGAGGGUAUGACUAGAAAUGCCCCACACAAGAGAGAUUUUGGGGGAUGAUAAUUUUGGUAAUUUGAUUGUAAUCCUCGUCUUGUAGUGGUUAAGCACUCAGCUGCUAACCUAAAGGUCGGCAGUUCGAGCCCACUAGCCGCUCUGCAGGAAAGAUGUGGCAGUCUGCUUCUGUAAAGAUUACAGCCUUGGAAACCCUAUGGGGGAGUUCUGUGUCCUAUAGGGUUGCUAUAAGUCAGAAUCGACUGGACGGCAACAGGAUACAUAUAUCGAAAGUUAUAACACUUAACACCAAAAGGUAAAUUUCAUUGUAUGUUAGUUUAAGACAAAAUUUCAAAAAUGAAAAUUUCAGUCUAGUUGAAAGCUUCUCCCUGACCCAGCUUAGGUCCCCUCUACAUUUCCUUAGCUAGCUGUGCGGUGGGAGAGUGUGUUCUUUUUUCUCCUUUUUCCUUCUCUUCUAGUCUGCUUCUGUCUUUUCCUUUGUUGGGUUUAGGCGGAAGAAGAAUUAGGAGAGAAGGGGAAAAGGGUAUUUUUAUUCAGAUGGUACUCUUUGCAAUUAUUUUUUGAUUAUGCAAUGUUCUUUCUUCCACCUGAUGCCGAACCGCCAGCCAAACUUCUGGGUGGUGUUUGGAUAUCAACCCUACCUGCCACCAGGACCUCCACUGUUUCAUGAGCAGGCCAUGCAUUCUCUGGCUUCCCUCAGUUCCUGCCCCAUAAAGGGUAACUCCUAAGGUCAGUUAUUUCAAUGGGCCUGGGUAUCUUCUAUCAUAUUCACCUGUGUCAUGGGAAAUCAGACACCCAGCUGCCCCACUGUACUAGGUACCCCAAAUUUAUGACCACCCAUAACCUCAGAAAGUGACAUCAUUUCAAACUAAACAGAUAGGAUCUAGUUAAGAUGAGGUCAUACUGGAUUAGGGUGAGCCUUACAUCCAAGGACUGGCAUCCUUGUAGGAAGGCCAUUUGAAGACACAGAGUCUCAUAGGGAGAACGCUAUGUGAAGACAGAGGCAGAGAUUGGAAUGAUGAGUCUGCAAACUAAGAGACACCAAGGAUUGCUGGGACCGCUGGAAACUAGGAGGGGGGCAUGGAACAGAUUCUCCCUCGGAGCCUGCAGAAGGAACCGACCUUGCAAACAUCUUCAUCUCAGACUUCUGGGCUUCAGAACUGUGAGAUAAUACAUUUCUGUGGUUUUAUGCCUCCCAGUUUGUGGUAAUUUGUUACGGCAGCCCUCGAAAAUGAACAGGCCCACCAUUGCUUCCACUGCUUGGCUCUCUCCCCUUGGCCGCCUGUUAUGGCUAUUCCAGCUGAUCUCCCACUGUCAGUGAUAUCCUGCCGAGGAUCAGGCUCCACUCUGAUCUCUACAAUCCAAAGGAAAAAAUACCAGACUCUCCCAGGAACAUCUUUUAUUCUUCUACAUCACAGUCUCUUGGUUGCUGUGGGGAUAAUAAAUCUUCAGCUCAGUAAACCUUCAGCCAGGGACUGAAAUAUCAGUCUUCCCUGAUGGCAGACAAGCACUACCUCUGUAAGUUGUUCUCUGGGAGUGCUUUUCUGGUGACAGGGCUGAGGCUUCCCGUAUAGGCUGCUAAGGAUUAUGCUUGCUGCAUCAAGUUGGCUGCCUUUAGCAAGUAUUGCAUGGGUUUUUCUAACGUGUGUUUGUAACUCACUGGCCUCAGAUUUGUGGCAUCUGCCAAAAUUCAGAAAAUCCCCAUUUAACAUCUCCUUACACCUACCCCCAGCUAAGUUGUUGUGCCCUCUUAAAACCAGCUACACACAAGCAAGUCUCUGGACAGAACCCUUACUCUUGAAUAUCACCCAUAGACUGUUCUUACUUUUCUACUCUGGCUCAUUUCCUGUCUGAUGGGUUUUCACACGCCUCCACAAUGGUAACUGGAUUAUUGAACAGACUGAACUUACCAGGAUAUAAGCAAAAAAAUGGCUUUGUUUUUCACUCACCCUAGUCUCCCCACAAUCUCUAGGGUCCCCUUCACUGCUCCUGAGCCUGCAGAUCCUAUAAUAAGGUAUUUACUAAUGAACUGUUCAUCAGAUGGAUGACCACAUAUAAAAUUGUACCUUGAGUCUAGUUGAACUAAUUACAGAGCUGUGGUAGUGACAAUGCUAUGGGUUCACCAAGAUCGUUUCU